AUGGAAAAUGGGAGCGGAUGUUCAAAACGGUCAACAGCAAUUUAUGGAACUAGACUUAACGAGUUAAAUACAACCAGAAGAACCCUAAAGUCAAAGGCAAAAAGCAGUCUGGCUACAAGAAACAUUAUUGCAAAUACUUAUGGACCAAAAGCUAGUACAACAGCAGGUACAAGCAAUUUGAACAAAGAAACAAAAACCACAGAGACAAAUACAAAUAACAUGGA